GAGCUGCUAACUGCAGCCACAAUGCCGAGAUUUAUUCUGCUCACAGACCUUUGCCUGUUAUUUAUUCAUCUUGGUUCAGCCUAUCAGCUUAUAUGCUACUUCACCAACUGGUCCCAGUACAGACCUGAUCCAGUGAAGUUUGUGCCUUCCAAUAUUGAUCCCUUCCUGUGCACACAUCUGAUCUACGCAUUCUCAGUCAUUAACUCUGCAAAUCAGCUCACAACCUCUGAGUCGAACGAUAAGACUCUCUACCAGUCAUUCAAUAGUCUGAAGCAAAGUAAUCCAAGCUUGAAGACACUUUUGGCUGUUGGAGGACGGAGAUAUGGAUCAACUCAAUUCUCUAUCAUGGUUUCCACACCAGCAAACAGAAAUACAUUCAUCCACUCAUCCAUCAACUUUCUCAGAAAGUAUGGAUUUGAUGGGCUGGAUCUAGUCUGGGAGUAUCCUGGAGCCCGUGGCAGUCCUCCAGGGGACAAGCAAAGGUUCACUCUGCUCUGUCAGGAGCUACGCCAGGCCUAUGAAGCUGAAAGCAGUGCUACAGGACGUCCCCGUCUUUUAGUCACAGCUGCAGUGGCUUCCAAGAAAUUAACAAUUGAUGCUGGAUAUGAAAUUCCUCAGAUUGCCAAUUACCUGGACUUCAUUAGCAUGAUGACCUAUGACUUUCAUGGGUCUUGGGAGAGUGUCACUGGCCACAACAGUCCUCUGUAUCACUCGUCUCAGGAAACAGGAGAUCAAAUCGUCCAUAAUACUAAUUAUUCAAUGACAUACUGGAAGAAUCAGGGUGCUCCAGUGGAGAAACUGAGGAUGGGGUUUGCUACAUAUGGCAGAACUUUUCAGCUGUCAUCUGCAGCAAAUAGCCUGGGAGCUCCAGCUAGAGGCCCUGCUUCUUCUGGCACCUACACCCAACAACCCGGCUUCUGGUCUUAUUACGAGAUCUGCAGCUUCCUUCAAGAAACCAGCAUAAAAUUGAUCCAUGAUCAAAAAGUACCCUAUGCGACAAAAGGGGGUCAGUGGGUUGGCUUUGACACCAAAGAGAGCUUUUACACAAAGGUGUCCUAUCUCAAAGACAAUAAGUUUGGAGGUGCCUCUGUGUGGGCUCUUGAUUUGGAUGAUUUUAUUGGACACUUUUGUGGACUUGGACGCUACCCUUUGAUACGUGAACUCAAGAAACUCCUGAACAAUUAUAUAUAAUGAAUCAGAAUGCACUAUUUUCAGCUCCUGGUAUGUUAUUGAAAUUUUUAAUCAAUCCUCAUGCUCCUUAUGCUGCAUCUCCUCCUCCUCCUCCUGCUGGAACUCUUUCUGCUCCUCUUGCUGUAAUCCCUACUUCUCUUCCUGCUGGAAGUAUAAUACUUCCUUCUGAAGCUCUCCUGCUGAAAUUCAUAUUGCUCCCCAUGCUACAGCUCCUACAGCUCCUGCUAAACCUCAUACGGUUCUUCUUGCUACAGCUCCUACUGCUAAUCUUGGCAAAACUUAUUCUGCUUCAACUGCUGUAGCUACCAUUUCUCCUCCUGCUGCAACUCCUAUUGCUUCUCCUGCUGCAGCUCCUUCUGCGUUUCCUGCUGAAACUCUUACUGCUCCUCCUGCUGAUGCUCCCCCUUAUCCUGCUGAAACUACUGGUCCUCCUGCUGCAGCUCUUACUGCUCCUCUUGCAGAAGCUCCUACUAUGUGAAGGGGAGAAAUUUGAGUGUCACCAGAAUUCUAUCUCAUUUCUGGGAUACACCAUUGGCCCAGAGAGAAUGUCUCUGGACCAGGAUAAGGUCACUGCAGUAGUGGAUUGGCCCACUUCCAAAGCUGUGAAGGAGCUGCAGGGCUCAGCAACUCACUUUCCCACAUGUUAUUCCAAGGAGAAGGGCAUAAGCACUAGGCCAGGUGGUUGAGAAGGCUUGUGUCCCAGCUCAAAGCCCAAUGUAGCCACACCGCCCUUUGGGGGGUUCUGUCAUAAACUCUAAUAUCCAGCAGAUACUGCAACCUACAAACAUGGGCAACAUGGACUACACUUCCCACAACACCACUGCCUAAUUCAUAUGUGUUCUUGCCAUAGAAUGAGAUAUCUUGUUUUUUUGACUAAAGAAAAAUUUCUGACCUUCUUCCUGGUUUCCAUUAAAGACUGUCUACCUGUAUUUGCAUCCAUCUCUGCAAGUAUUUCUUGUGGCACACAAGACCUGCCAUCUGUCCAACAGCUUGAGUUGGGCCAAAAUUGGGUCACACAGCAGGACAGUGAGUCCAAACCUGACAGUUAAUCAACCUAGUUUCUAAAUAUUGCUUACUUUUGACAAUACUGUGAAAUCUGUAUUGUAAUUAAAAUCUGUAUUAUGUUCUUCUGUUGUAACCUAAGGGUUUUUGUAUAUCUGUAGAGGUUAUUGAGGAUCACACAGUUGUUAUUUAAGCCCUGAUAAAU